AUGACGGACACAGAAGCUCUCAAGGCUAUUAUCACGGAGAGCAUUGAUCUGGAAAAUGUACCCGUUGAAGAGGUUUUUCAACAUCUAAAAUGCACGAAAGAAGGCUUGACCUCCAAGCAAGAGAGUAAGAUACUCAAGUUCUUGGGGUUCAUGUGGAAUCCACUUUCAUGGGUCAUGGAAGCUGCAGCCCUCAUGGCCAUUGGUCUUGCACAUGGAGGAGGCAAGCCACCGGAUUAUCAUGACUUUGUGGGUAUUGUGGUCUUACUUUUGAUCAAUUCAACAAUCAGUUUUGUAGAAGAAAACAAUGCAGGAAAUGCAGCAGCUGCUCUCAUGGCUCAACUAGCCCCUAAAGCCAAGGCCAUCCGUGACAAGAAAUGGAAUGAGAUAGAUGCAUCUGAGUUAGUUCCAGGAGAUAUAGUUAGUAUCAAACUCGGAGAUAUCAUUCCAGCUGAUGCUCGUCUUCUUGAAGGAGACCCUUUAAAGAUAGACCAGGCUACACUUACUGGUGAGUCUCUUCCAGUAACCAAAAACCCCGGUACAUCAGUAUUCUCUGGUUCAACUUGCAAGCAAGGUGAAAUUGAAGCAGUUGUUAUAGCCACUGGUGUCCACACUUUCUUUGGAAAGGCUGCUCAUCUUGUGGACAGUACUACUCAUGUUGGUCACUUCCAGAAGGUUUUGACAGCAAUAGGAAACUUCUGUAUCUGCUCCAUUGCUGUAGGAAUGGCCAUUGAAAUCGUUGUUAUAUACGGUCUACAAAGGAGAGGUUACCGUGUGGGUAUCGAUAAUCUUCUUGUCUUAUUGAUUGGUGGGAUCCCCAUUGCAAUGCCCACUGUUCUCUCUGUCACAAUGGCUAUUGGUGCACAUCGCUUGGCUCAACAGGGUGCCAUUACAAAGAGAAUGACAGCCAUUGAAGAAAUGGCUGGAAUGGAUGUUCUGUGCAGUGAUAAAACCGGCACUCUCACGCUUAACAAGCUUUCUGUGGACAAGAAUCUCAUAGAGAUUUUCAAGAAAGGCAUUGACAGAGAUAUGGCUGUGCUUAUGUCUGCAAGAGCUGCACGUUUGGAGAACCAAGAUGCUAUUGAUACUGCAAUCGUUUCCAUGUUGUCAGAUCCGAAAGAGGCACGUGCAGGAAUCAAAGAACUCCAUUUUCUUCCUUUCAGUCCAGCUAAUAGAAGAACUGCACUAACAUACCUUGAUGGAGAAGGCAACAUGCACCGUGUGAGCAAAGGAGCGCCUGAAGAGAUUUUGGAUAUGGCACACAAUAAAUUAGAAAUCAAGGAGAAGGUACAUGUUGCAAUAGACAAAUUCGCAGAACGUGGUCUAAGAUCUCUAGGAUUGGCAUAUCAGCAAGUACCAGAUGGUGAUGUUAAAGGUGAAGGUGGUCCAUGGGACUUUGUAGCUCUUCUUCCUCUGUUUGAUCCUCCUCGUCAUGACAGUUCACAAACUAUUGAGAGAGCACUUCAUCUUGGAGUCAGUGUUAAGAUGAUCACAGGUGACCAGCUUGCUAUUGCUAAAGAAACAGGAAGAAGACUUGGAAUGGGAACAAACAUGUACCCAUCUUCAUCUUUGCUGUCUGAUAACCACACAGAAGCAAUCUCCAUCGAUGAACUUAUUGAGAACGCAGAUGGCUUUGCAGGAGUUUUUCCUGAGCACAAGUAUGAGAUUGUGAAGAGAUUACAAUCUAGAAAACACAUAUGCGGUAUGACUGGUGAUGGAGUGAAUGACGCACCUGCAUUGAAGAAAGCUGAUAUUGGAAUAGCUGUGGAUGAUGCUACUGAUGCUGCUCGUAGUGCUUCUGAUAUUGUCUUAACAGAACCUGGUCUUAGUGUUAUCAUCAGUGCUGUCUUGACUAGCCGUGCCAUCUUCCAGAGAAUGAAAAAUUACACGAUAUAUGCUGUUUCUAUCACUAUACGUGUUGUGAUGUGUUUCAUGCUUCUGUGUUGCUUCUGGGAGUUUGAUUUCCCUCCAUUCAUGGUUCUUGUUAUUGCAAUCCUUAAUGAUGGUACUAUAAUGACGAUAUCAAAGGACAGAGUCAAGCCUUCUCCAACUCCAGAUUGUUGGAAACUCAAGGAGAUUUUUGCUACUGGUGUUGUCCUUGGAACUUACCAGGCUAUCAUGACCGUUGUGUUUUUUUGGCUUGCGUAUGAAACUAACUUCUUCCCCAAUAUUUUCGAUGUGAGAAACUUAAACCAGCACCACUUCGACAUGAAAGACAAAGCAGUGGCUGCACACUUGAAUGAACAGAUGGCUUCUGCUGUGUACCUUCAAGUCAGCACCAUCAGCCAAGCGUUGAUCUUCGUGACCCGUUCAAGAAGCUGGUCAUUUGCUGAACGUCCUGGAAUCCUUCUUGUGAUUGCUUUCCUCAUUGCUCAGCUGGUUGCAUCGGUGAUAGCGGCAAUGGCAACAUGGCCUUUUGCUGGAAUAAGAAGCAUUGGAUGGGGUUGGACUGGAGUUAUAUGGGUGUUCAACAUAGUAACAUACUUGUUACUUGAUCCUAUUAAGUUCCUAGUCCGUUAUGCUCUAACUGGCCAAUCUUGGAACCAAAUGGUCGACCAAAGGACUGCACUCACUGGCAAGAAUAAUUUUGGGAAAGACGAACGUAUGGCUGCAUGGGCCACCGAGACGCGUACACAGCAAGGUUUAGAGACAGGUCAGAAGCCAAUGCAUGGUGCAACGGAACUUAACAGUUUGGCUGAUGAAGCUAAAAGGCGAGCUGAAAUUGCAAGAAUGAGAGAGCUUCAGACAUUGAAGGGGAAAGUUGAAUCAGCUGCAAAGUUGAAGGGAUAUGAUCUUGAUGAUGCUAACAGCAACAACUACACUAUCUAA